AUGACAACCCCUCAAAGUCUUAAAUCACGUGAUGCUCCCGAUAAAGUUUUGACAGGAAGUUACGAUAUUGCAAAUGAAUUCAAUAAUUUCUUUACAAAUAUUGGCCCUGAGCUAGCUAGAAAAAUUCACCCAUCUGUAAAUUUUAAUCACUAUCUCACAGGGAAUUUUCCGUCGUCUUUUUUCCUCCAAGCAGUCACAGAACAGGAUAUUAUGAAAUUUAUUUACCGAUUAGACCCCAACAAAGCAAUGGGACAUGAUCAUGUGCAUCCUAAACUUGUAAUUGAUGCUGUAAAGUAUAUUUCUAAACCUCUGGCGCACAUUCUGAAAUGUUCUAUAGCUCAAGGUGUUUUUCCUGACUCUCUCAAACUCGCCACAAUCACACCAGUAUAUAAAAAGGGAUCUGCCCUGGAUGUCGGCAAUUAUAGGCCCAUAUCUAUUCUACCCGUAUUCAGUAAAAUAUUUGAAUCAGCUGUAAAUCAUCAGCUACUUGGUUUCCUAAAUAAGUUCAACAUACUCUUGUCCUCACAAUAUGGUUUUCGGAAAAAAUACAGUACCGCCCUUGCCCUAGUUGACCUUGUUUCUGAUAUCACUGCCAACAUGGACAACGGUUUUGUUACAUUUGGG